AUGACUUUUCCUGAUCAAAGGAAAAGGACGAGAGGGCGGCCUAGAAAUAUUUGGCACCGGGACCUGGUUGCAGAUGCUAAGCAGAUGGGCAAAACAUGGGGGCAGCUUGAGGGACUCGCACUGAGUCGAGACGCCUGGAGGAAGCUGGAACGGCGUUUGGAUGUUCUUUUAACGAUUGGCAACCAUUCGAGACGUUCUGGGUCCCGCAACCUCCGCACGUGCCACAGAAAGCUGCACAAAGAUAAUGAUCGGAAGAGUUCUCAUAAUGAAGCUGACCCGCUUAAACACACGAGGUGUGAUUCUGAUUCAAAUACAAAUUUGUUUAAUCGAACCAACUGUUCAUAUCAACUGCAGGCAUCGUAUCAACUCACCAUUUUGGCAACUCUGGCGGCUCUGUUCGCCAUAUGCGCUGCACAGGGUACCUCGGUCGAUCUGAAACUCAGUGGCACAGGAGGUGGCGGCGCCCGCCUUGACGGCGGGAUCAACCACGAUCUGGGACGCGGCUGGAGCAUCGGAGCCAGUGGGUACAUCACGAGUGGGGGCGCAUACGGGGGCUCCGUCGGGGUCAAAUUACGGUUCAGACGUGAAGCUGCACAUAAUUCACAGAAGGGGAAAUAUUUCGACCUUCAUGUCCAAGUAGAUCAGUGCAAUUUUAACCUAUAUGACGCUAACAGAGAUGACGUCAUAACAAAGGACGAACUGAUCAGCGUGUAUGGCGAAACAACGCUGAGUGAAGAGCUGUUUGAAACACUCGACGUUUUGACUGGUGACGGGCACAUAGAGAGGGCAGAGUUUGACUACAUGGUACCUAUUGUCGUUGAAAGAUGCGAUCGACACCAGAAGCAGUGACUGCAUCGAUGAAAUACCAGUUAUAAACAUUUUACCUCAUUUUAACAAGAUAUUCCAAUCAUGUGAUCUUUUUGAAAUAUUGUGUCAGCCUUAUGGUGCUUACUCUUUAUAUAGCUUUCU